GGGGGGGCUUCAUAAAAUUGUGCAACCAUUUCAAAGGGACCAUGUACUUUUGUGCAUUUCAAUUUCCGUUCCACAAAAAAGAAAACACUGAAGGAAUCAACAACAAAUCAAAUAUGAUUUAUUAUCAAAACAACUGAUGGCAUAACAAACCAACAUAACAUGGUGUAUAGCAGUCCUUUCGCAUUGGAAAGAAAGUUCAUGUAUUACCCAGUGUUACUCAGUAUCACUGUACUCUGAUUCACAGUUUGAAGAGCUGAUGGAGGGCAAGUACUCUUUAAAUAGUGUACAAACUUGAUCACUUAUAAGCCCUCUUUCCAUCAUUUGCUUUAGCCGGUAAACUUGUGUCCCUUUCAAGGAUAAUGGAGCAGCCACUUUGACUUCCUGAACUGGAAUCUCACCAUCAGACAGUAGUUUGGAGAUUAAACCAAAAUUCUCUUCUUGUCCAGCUUUUCUCUUCUGUUCCUUUCUCUUAUUUUCGCUAUUUGCUUUGAAUAGCUCGACUGACUGUUAUAUCGGGAACAUGUCAAAGUUUUGAGCAGCGAUGUCCGAUCAAGGUGAAGUCUUUCGCGAUGAUACUCUCCCGGUCGUGGUAAAUUUCUCACUUAACGAGCUCCAAGAUAACCAUGACGGUGUUUACUCUUGGCGAGCUCCAUCUGGUAUGACUGAGUCUUAUUUUGUUGACUUCUUAACCGAAGUCGUAAAUGAAAUCGUCUUCACUGAAGUCUCCAAGAAGGAAACGGGCCGAUUUCUUGAUCUCCUCUUUCCCACUCCGGCAUUACUUCCAAUGUUACAAAAACUGAAUCAAACACGCAUAAAAUUGUUCAAAAGAAAUGACGAGGACACCACAUCUAUAUUACGCGAAAGCCUCGCUGGCUUCGAAUGCAUCAUCGUUCCUUACCCAUCCCAUGGAAACAUCGUAAGCGUCGAACUGGAAAUGAACAACGAAACAGAUCCUACCGGGGAGAUGCGAAGAAAAAUCAACCAAAUUCUUCGGAGUGAAGCAAUCUCUUAUGGAGAUAGUGAUGAAGAAGAUGAGAAGGAGGAAAGCCAAGAUAUUUAUCUGGGAGAAAUGUACUCUUCAGAUGAAGAUGAAGAAGUUGAGCGGGAAGUUCAAGCAAGUCCAGACAAGCCUUGCUAUUUACCUUCCCAAAUAGAAAUGGCAGCGAUUUUAAAGGAACGGAUCGAAGCCAUUAUGUCCCAUUACCACAACAUUUCAAGACUAAAGGAGUUUUUCAACGAUAUUGACUUCGUAGUGUACACAGCCCGGUACAGAAUGCUAAGCGAUCAGACAGAGAAGAGCAUUUGCCAUCCUGACGCUGGCGUACUUUCAAAAGAAGAACUCGAAUUACGAAAAUGUGACCGAGAGGGAAAGAAACGGAUGUUCAUGUACGUUCGCAGUGCAGAGAGGGAUACUCAUUUUGAAGUUCUGAAACGAGAUGUUCAGGAUAAACCCCAAACACUCUUUGUCAUUGUAGCAGACGAAUGCCACUGGGGAAUAACCAAAGACAAAGAGAGGAAACCCUCUGCCCACAAUCUUUUCAUCAAUGAAUGGUGCAAAGAGAACCAACACCAAAAUGUUAUUGUUCUACAAAUCUCAGCGACACCCUAUAACCUCCUGACACAGAACUCUCGUCUUCCUCUAGUUCCGUGCGUCAUUCUCAAGGACGAUGUCUCCCCAACCAAACGAGCGGGCGAUCUCGUGGUCCUCAAGCAAGAAGUUGACAUGGAACAAUUUGGGAAAAGCUCAAAGAAACUUGAACUUCACGUUGUCCACUGGUCAGAAGUUGAACUUAAAAACUUUGAGAGAGGGAUGCGAAUGAAACUGAAGUCAGCUUUGUACAUUGACUCUUCUCCGUACAAGUAUCUUCAAGUUUCUACCGAGGGAAACCUAGUUGCUACAUCUAUACCAGACGAGGCAACGGAAUUCAUCAUACAAGGCAGUCACGGCAUGGUGACUAUCAAAGCAGGAAGAGCAGGACGCUUGUUGACUGUCACCACGGAUACCCAUGGAAACUUAGAAGCCAAAAGUGAUCCUCCAACGCCAACAGAAUUUGAGGUUAAGAUGGAUUUUGGAGUUGGAAUUGUCGCAUUUCGAUCCUGUGAAGGACAAGAUCGCUACAUUUCUGUUGACCAAAAUAACCAAGUCAGUUUGCAAGCCGCGAAAAUCGAGCGAAAAUGUGGUGUCUCUAUUAUGAAACCAAUACAUGACCUGGCGAAGGUUUCUUUCCAAUUCUACGCUGAUCAGUCCGCACCAAUGGAGGUCAAAACGGUUGGGAAGCAGUACAUUAGUUUGAACUACUAUCUCAGCACCAUAGACAGUCCCAACAAGAAAGACCAGAAAAUACGAGAGGACGAGACCUUCCAAAACAUCGUUGAUAAAGCUAAGAGAGUGAGGAGAAUGUCACAGUCAGAUUCGACUUCUUUUCCGAUUGAUGCCUUACUUUGUGCUGAUUACUGCUACCACAUUAUACUUUCAAGCGUUUUUAACAGUGGUGACAAGAUAUGCAAAGCACUGACUCUUGAAGUCAAUGAAUCACCCACUACUGAAUUCCACAGUCGUCUCGCGGUGUACAAGAUGAACCUCAAAGCAGCAGACGUGGAAAGAUACAUCCACCCAGAGGCUUUCGAGCUGAUUCAAAGAAAUAUAUGCGACAGAGUGACACAACAGUUCAAAGAAGACUUGAGGAAUGUGGAGAAGUUGCAGAAACAAAGGGCAUCGGACUUUACUGAAUUGCAGACAUCGAAGGAGCAACUGGCCUUCUCAAUAGUUGAGUGCAUAAUGCAUCUUCCUCCCCAAGAAUUCGAGCAACUCAAACACGACACUCCCCUAUUUGAAGACAUUAAACAACAAUUGCAAGCAAACGGCUGUGAGGUAAUGGUUCAAAUAUGGCGCGGUCUAGUACAAGAACAAGAAACAAGUUCCUUAGUGGAAGAUCUGAUCCAAAGCGGGAAGGGAGAUCUGGGAAAGAUGAAAAUUGUACGAGCAAAGACAAUGAAAACUGCUGAUCAAUUUUAUUACACAGUUCGGUUAGCGCGAGAAGUGUCGGGUCUCAAAGAACACUUUGAAGUCAUUAGAGACUAUGGAGGUAUUCAGAUUGAGAACCAGCUCAUGAAAUCGUCAAGUCCGUUCUUUAAAAAGCUUCAACCAAAAAUUUGCACCUACAAGUUUGAUUGUCGUUGCAGUGAGUUAGAACUACAACCUAGAUAUAAAACGUGUUCCAACUGUCAUCACGUGCACAAGUCCAUAACGCAGUAUGAGGACCUGGAAAACCUGGCAUGCAUACUCAUUCUGGUCGAUAAAGGUCGCAUGGGAGACACAUUUCCCCAGAGCUUUGACUGUCUUGACUUGCGACUUAGCUACGACAGCAGUCAAGAGUUUAAAGAGGGCUCAGCAGUGUAUCUUUCAAGUCUUAUUCAAGAGCUUGGAAGAAUGUGCCGUUAUGCAAAUGUUUCUUCUAGCGUGAUUCCUUAUGUAUUGAUUGGUCGACAGCUAUUCAAGAGACUCCAGAUGUCAUUGACGACAUCUCCGUCAAUGAGUGCAACUUCUUGUAGUAAAGCAGACCGAUAUAUGACAAAGACACGCACAAUCAAAGACGCACAGUCAUCGGCAUUGCGAUGGCUAAAUUAUGAAGCGCAUAAAGACAGCUACGAUUAUGGAAACGUACAAACGCACUGCAACAGAAUCCUUCUGCAAGCCGAACCUCAGAUUGGCAAGACGGGAACGUACUUGUGCCUGCUAAGAGAAUUACGACUAGAUAUUCUGGGAAAGGAAAAUGUUUUUCUCGCUUCACCGAGUGCAUUUGACGAAGGUUCCUUUUACCAAUGGAAGGAAAGAGAUAAUCCUGACGAGUCGGUAAUCGGAAAUAUGGAUGAAGGCGAAGACUGGCAAUUUCCGUACUGGAAGACAAUCGAGACUUCCCCAAGCCUAUGCGGAAAACCGGUUGGGACGGGAAAGUAUUCAAUAGCAGGUUGCUUCUACGCUCAUGACGUGGAGGAAGAUCCAUUCACUCUUCUGAAAGGGAACGAGCGGAAACUAAUCAAGACCGGUCAUCAAAAUCUUAAGACUGAUGAUUGUUCAAAUGGCCUUCGUGCUUGGCAUUGGUACCAUUUUGAGAAAUGUGCUGAGUGUGGAAGACUUCUGCAGGGCAGAGAAUCUAUCCUGGAAAAUGUGGAGGUAAACAUUGAUGGGAUACCAGUCACUGUUACCUGCUCCUUGCCAAGUAAUUGUCCGUCAUUCACUCAACUUAAAGAAAAAUCCUCGAGUGGCGAAUCCCUAGAGGAUAGUCUUACUUUGGCGUACUGGAUAUUUCAUCCUUCACACAGAGAUGAUCCUAGGAAGUGCACUUUGAAUUACCACCAUGUAAUGCAAGAAAACGGACGCGUUGCCAAUUACGUCCAAGUUGUCGUUGUUCGAAAGGAAAAGUUCGAGGAUUACAGAUCUACCUGGGGAAAGGUGCUCGUCAUUCUCCAACUUCCAAAUGAACUACCCAGUUGCGACCUAGGACCGGAAGAGGGAGGAAUUGGUUAUGCCAGACUUUUUAUUCAAAAGAUUGCAUUUUCUCUUAGGCUUGAAUACAUCUUCAUGAUUGAUGACAAUGUGGCCAUGAUGUUAGAGGCAGAAUUUACAAUUGAUGACAUGUCUGGAAAAGAAAGAAAAGUCCUAAGAGAUGACAAUGGGGUAAUGAAAAUGGCGUGCUGCACAUUCCUAAGGCCUUUGACAAGUCUUCAAAAAAUCGCACGAGGAAAGGAAAUUCCACCCAUGGCGGACGAGAAAUACGAACCUCAUCCUUUAAAAGACGUCUUUGAAGCACAGGGUUUUCCAUUGUAUACCUACUCCGGCCCUGCAAAGUUGUUUCGCGACAAGCAGCAUGGGAGCUAUGGUAUUCUUGGUCUAAUGAGAAGUAUCCCAAAAGCUGUGAGUCCUUUCGUAAAGACCCAAGUGUACGCCGCAUUCUUGCUUAAUGUUAGAAGUACUGUGGAAAAAGGCGUCUUUUACCGUCCAUGGCCCUGCUGGGAAGACCUGCGCUUCAACGAUGAUUGUGAUAAAGUGGGUCUAUUUGUUAUCAAAUGCAACCGUUACUCUUUUUUCAAAGUUCAAUACAAAGAUUGGGUUGAGAACCUCGUCCUGCCACAAGUCUUUCCCUGGGAUGAGAAAUGUUCCAUUGUAGAAAGACCAGUUGAAAGCGAGCUACCAGAAGCCUUGGAACAGAAAAUUAUCGUAGAACACCUUAGCAGCUUUGUGAAUACCAGUGGUUCUGAUAAGUGCUUCAAGGAGAGAGUUGAAUACGAUCGACUGGUGGAUAAGGAAGCAGAAAAUUCUCCCCUUCGUAUCCUUGAGCAACUUGAUUUGAGCGUUGUUACAGAAGAAGAUUUCACCAAGGGGGUAUCUUUCCUUGUUCUCUCCUACUUUCCAGAAAAUCGGAGAAGAGAUACUUUAGAUGUCCUUGAUUCAAAUUUCUGUCGCACAAAGAAGAAAAUUGUGUUCGUUGCAAGUGUGAAGGAAGCAGACAAACGAUGGCCUCAAAUGACUGUACAAACCAUAUCAACCAGGUAUGGUAUUUGUCAUAACGAUGAGAUGACUGAAAGAAAGGCGCAAUUUGCCAUUUUUUCUGCGGCCGACCCAAAGAGGCACCGUUUGCGUUGGAUUUUGAUCGAAGCAUCCUUCUCGCAUAUUGAUCACAAAUUUGAGAUAGAGGUAGACACAAGUGAUAUUCAGGCUUUUGAAAAUAAACUUGAAAACAGCAGAAAUGCGCUAACUUUAGAGGAAAGUACCUCAUCUAAUCAGCAAAAUGCACGCAUAACGACAAAAGGAGCAAAGAGAUCGCAUCAGGAAUACUCCAAUGACUGCCAAACAAUCAAAAGGCAAAAAAUUGCAGAAGAAUGUCCGAGACAACGUGAAAACCAAGAAGACGAGACGAUGUCGGCAGAUGAAAUAGUGGUUAGAAAAGAGGGAGAAAGUAGAAGUAAAUCUCCCUAUCUGGUGAGAGAAGAAGACGGUUCAGCUUUAUUUGACGGAGAAGGAACUGCUGAAGUCGAAAAUGUCUCUGACACAAGUAUCAUGAUAAGCGAAACCACGCAGGUUCAAGGGAGUACCCAAGACGACAGAUGUAACUAUCGCAAGUGUUUUGAAGGCACCAAUGACGUCACAAAAGCUAUUGUCGAUCUUUGGAUGGAAUACAAGAAAAUUCCGGGCAGCACUCAAAAGCUGAAGCAGGAAUCAGGAACGAGCGAUCUUACAAUGGAUUAUGUAAAGAGCAAACUUGCCCAAUUUACUCUCAGCCAGCUUGAAGAAAGGGAUGAGAGCGGCUACAAUGCGCUCUUGAAGGCCUGUUCUCUACCAUCUAUGAGUACCCACCUAAUGCAGUAUCUCAUAAAUGACGCAAAAGUAGAUAUCAACUCUCAGUUACCUCCCACCUUUGGCAGACUCCACCCAACAAGCGAAGAGUUGAUUCCGGGAAUGUCUGCCUUGUCAGUGGCUAUUAGAUGUGGAAGAAAAGUCAAAACGGUUCAAACUUUCAAAAGCAGAGGAAAAGAAAUUUCGUUAGAAACUUCUGACGAGGAGGGAAACACUGCUCUUCACCAUUGUGUUCUAUCCUGUUCUAAAGUUGCCUUUCGGAAGCUAUUCCCUCUAUAUAGGUCCAAGAAGUGGAAAAAGAUGGUCAACGGUGAGGGAAAGAGCCCUUUAGAUAUUGCCAAGAAGAUGAAAUCGAGUGGUUUGAGCAAAGUAAAGCAACAGUCCAUUUCAUUCAUGCUCAAGGAAAUGAAGAGCAAAAAGAAUUCUGCUGAUCAACUUAAACGCGUCCAAAAAAAACUAUCUCUAAAUGAUGGCUCUCUCGAAGGAAAGCCAGCCAACAACAAUCAGGAUGAUCGAGUUAAAGCGUUAAAUGAAGAACAGCAAUGGUCCACGCAAAUAAAGCGUCAAAAAAUCGGCGACAGUUACGGCCAGCAUGCAGACCAGAUUCCCACUAUUAGCUCUGGCAAAGCUGCAGAUGGAGGCGUUGCCCUUGAUGAUGACUCUAACCAUAGCAACGUAAGCGUAAAGCACGAUACAUCGGAGAAAAAAGCUAAAUCAGUCCAAUCUUUAGAUGUCGCCGCGCAUUUGGAUGGUACCAACCGUAUCACUGGGAUUAUCGUGGAUUUAUGGAGGGAAUAUAAAGAAAUUCAAGCGCAAGUUGAGAAAAAGGGCAGAAGCGACCUAACCAUGGAGGAAAUUGAGAACAAGCUCACGUGUUUUACAAAUGAUUAUCUGGAGGCAGCAGACGAAAGAGGCUACAAUGCACUUCUUAAAGCCUGUUCCUUGCCUUAUAUGAGUCCUCAUGUAAUGCAAUACCUUAUCACUACUAGAAAGGUUGACCUCAAUUGUCAGCUUCCUUCUGAUUUUGAUGUGACUCACCCAACAGCUAAGGGAUUGGUGCCAAGAAUGUCCUCUUUGUCCGUGGCAAUCAGAAAAGGAAAUGUAAAAUCAGUCUCCACGUUUAUGAAUAGGUCAACGUGGAUUAAAGUCAGAAGUGUUGACGAUAAUGGGAACACUGCUCUGCAUCAUUGUGUGAUUUCGAUUUAUAAGACUGCCUUCGAUAAAAUUUUCCCCCUUUUCAAGCCGUUGGAAUGGCAAGAGAUGCGUAAUAAAGCAGGAAAGAAUCCUUUGGACAUUUGCAUCGAAAAGGAAGAGGAACUAGGAAGACAAAAAAGAGUAAAGAAAAAAGCCCUAGAAAAGGUCAGAGACAUGCGCAAGGAAAUGGAGGAGGUUUCAGCAUAGAGUUUACGAACAUGAGCAUCCAAGCCAGUGGUGAACCACACCUUACCCUUCCCGAUUUCUCCAAGUGUUAACUGGAUCGAACACAGCAUUUAUCUGGCAUCCAAGCGAGACUGAAUAAGGUUCCUAUAGGGUAAUUUUCAACUAAGUUUCGAAAAUAAUCCUCUCUUCCAUUGGUUUUUCUUUACUUCACUAUUUGAUUUGUCCUGAAAACUGUCACCAUCCUCUCAAACAAUCAAAGUGGAAAGAGGACUCAUAGUCAGUUCUUGAUGUUUUACUUUGCUUUGAUUGCUGUUGCGGUUACUGUGAUUUUACGACACUGUUGAAAAGCACUCUGAUACUUUGUGAAGUUUUGGUACAACAACAGAAGUGCACAUCUACUUUUUAAUCGCCUCUUUAGAUGUAACUAGCCACUGACAAUUGCGUGCACUAAACUCUGUGGUUUUUUUGCAGUAGAAACGCUUCAAAGUACCGAUUAUGACAAAAAUCAAAUCUUUCAGUUCAAAAUGUAAUUUUGGAUUUUUAAAAGUUAACAGCGAUGCUUAUUACGGUUUGCUUGUUUAUAAACAUACGAAUAUACAGGACGGAAGUAAGGACAUAAUCUAUAUCUUUAACAUUUUGUAAUUUUUAGCUCUAAAAUGUUCUUUUAUUUUCAAGGAAUAUAAUCGCUCUCUUGCAUCAGUCAGCAAUAUUGACAGGUCGAGUAUAUGGAUCAAUUACGAGGCUAACAAUUCUUGUAUAUUUACAAAAUAUGUCCGUUCAUUUAAUUAAAAAAAUUAAUUACUAGCCAUCCCAACAUUGGAAUUUCUUGCUUGUUAUUGUUAUAAACAACUAGCCAGUUAUGGAAAUCAGACCUUUUCCAUAAAGAUAAGUUUUUUUCGGGCAAAAAAUAUGUUCCGGUAACGAAUCUUGACCGUUAAGAAUUUUAGUAUGUAUUUUAUAGGAAGAAAAGAAUAGAUUUGUAGUAACAAUCUUGACUCACUGAACUCCUUUUUAAGCUAUCAAUUUCAGUCGUUAACUUUUUAGGUAGUAUCGUCGCAUGUUUGAAAAAAUGCGAGUUAAUUAAAUAUUAACAUUUGUGAAAAUUUAGGAAUUUUCAAAUAUUAUAGUUUUAGCGUGUAUGUCGCAUGAGUGCAAAAGGGCACUUUUUCAUGGCAAUAAUCAGUUACGUUAUUACUGUUAUAUACUUUGAAAGCUUUUCAGGACUUCAAAGAGAUUUUCAUUAAUUUUUAAGCACUUUUCAAAGCAUAAAAGCUUUUAGAAGUUUUCAUAAAAUUGGAGAAAUGUUUAACGUUUGA